ACCAGGAAAGCUCAAUUGAGCAAGAUGGAUGUGAUAAUCUUUGUAAUAUCUCUAAUGCUAGCUUAUAUUCUUUUCAAGUCUUUGCUUUCAUUUCGAAUUAUAGGCAAAAAACUUCCCCCAGGUCCAUUCCAGUUACCUAUCAUCGGUAACCUUAACAAACUGGGCAAUCUGCCCCAUCAGUCCCUCGCAAAUCUUGCACAAAUCUAUGGCCCAAUCAUGCAUCUGAAAUUGGGGAGCGUAACCACCAUUGUCAUUUCUUCAGCAACUAUAGCUCAGCAAGUCCUUCAGAAGCAAGACAUUGCCUUCUCUAGCAGGUUUAUACCAGACGGCCUCUGUGCUUUCGACCAUAACAGAUAUUCUAUGGUAUUUUUACCCAUUGGCCCUCGCUGGAGGAGCCUCAGAAAAAUUGUCAAUUUAAAUAUUUUUUCAGUGAACAAGCUGGACGCAAAUCAGCAUCUUCGUAAAAGGAAGGUGAAUGAGGUUGUUGAAUACGUGAAAAAGUGUAGCCGAAAUGGAGAGGCAGUGGAUAUUGGCCGGGCUGCUUUCAUGACGUCUCUCAAUCUUUUAUCCAACACUAUAUUUUCUAAGGAUAUAGCAGACCCUGGUCGAGAUUCAGCUAAAGAGUUCAGGGACUUGAUAAGGGAUAUUAUGAUCGAUGCAGGUAGACCUAAUCUUGCUGAUUUCUUUCCCGUGCUAAAGAAGUUAGACCCACAGGGUGUGAAGCGGAACAUGGCCCGUCAUUAUGUUGAUCUAAUAGAGGUAUUAGAUGGUUUGAUAAAUGAGCGUUUGGCAUUAAUGCGGUCUGGCAAUCCUGUUGAGUAUAAAGAUGCGCUUGAUGAGCUGAUCAAGAUUUCUCAAGUGAAUCCUGAUGAGAUUGACAAAAAACUUAUGGAACACCUGUUUGUGGACCUAUUUGUUGCAGGAACGGAUACAACUUCAAGUGUGGUGGAGUGGGGCAUGGUGGAGGUACUGAGAAACUCAGAAACAAUGUUGAAGCUGAAAUCUGAGCUCCGCGAAGUACUAGGAAAAGGCAAGAUCCUAGAGGAGGCAUACAUCUGUCGAUUACCUUACUUGCAAUGUGUUGUAAAAGAAACUCUAAGGUUACACCCACCCCUUCCUUUCUUGUUACCACGCCAAAUAGAUGAAGAGGCUGAAGUAAAUGGCUACACUAUUCCGAAGAAUUCACAAGUUAUAGUCAAUGUCUGGGCAGUUGGGCGUGAUCCAGUUUCAUGGAAAAAUCCCUUGUCCUUUUACCCUGAAAGAUUUCUGGAUUCGGUGAUUGAUGUAAAAGGGCAAGACUUCGAGCUCAUUCCAUUCGGUGCAGGGAGAAGGAUAUGCCCCGGCUUGCCAUUGGUAAUGAGGAUGGUGCCUGUCAUGUUAGGCUCCCUCGUAAACUGCUUUGAUUGGGAACUUGAAGGUGGAGUUCUUCCAAAUGAAUUGGACAUGGGGGAGAAGUUCGGGCUAACUGUAGGAAAACUUCUUCCACUUCGUGCCUUGGCAACGUCAGACGUGGUUUAAACUUGAAGCUAGUCCCUGUGUACUUGCUUUUACUAAGUUUAGAGUACUUUCCCUAAGCAAUAAAUAGCUGAAAUACUUAAUGCAGCAAAAUAUGCAACUAGCACUGUAGGAAUAAGAAUGCUAAGAUAUGUGAAUAGAAACUACUGCAAUCUUUCACUAUCAAACUGAAUUUGAAUUAUUUUCCAACAAGCACAGAGACAAGUAAAACUACUGCCUCUUUGAUCCAGACUUACUCUGUGUGUUUA